AUGUCUCAUUCGAAAGCUGAAUACGAAAGUGGAAGUGUCCAAUUCGAAAUCGAAAGGUACACGAAAAUAACACAAAAACGACCUUCUUUAACUUUAAAAAAAGUUAAAAAACGAAGAAGUAUAGUUUGCCCCAACCGUGGAUUUGUAACUCAAUUAAUAUUAUUUGAAGAGAUGUUGUAUAAAGUAAAUCCGAAUCAUUUACGUUAUAAGAAUUAUCGAUUAACUUGUGCCGCGGAUAAAGUAAAGAAAGCUAAAAUUCUCCCCCAAGAUUACCACGAUUUAAUAAAAAGGGAUCCGGGUGUCACUCAAAUCCAACCAGAACCAAACGUUUAUAGGUGUAAACGAUGUAGAAGAGUUUUAGCUGGCGAAUCUAAUUUAAUUACGCAUAAAGAAAAGAUUAGCGAUGAAAAAAUUUGUCGAAAAACGUAUUUUUUGGAGCCGUUAAGUUGGAUGAACGGAAUUACGCAAUCCGUGCAAGGAAAAUUACAUUGUCCGAAAUGUAACAAUAAAGUUGGAUCGUUCAGCUGGGUGAUGGGAUGUGCUUGUCCAUGCGGAUGUGAAGUUGCCCCCGCUUUUUAUCUUACUCCAUCCAAAAUUGAUUGGACCAAUGUUGUAAAAAAUGUUGAAAUUACCCUAUAACUUAAGAUGUAUUGUUAUUUAAGUUAAUUAAAAUGUUGUGUAAAAUAAAAUUUAUUUAUAUAAAAAUAUUAGUAUAGUAAAACCUUGAUGUGUAAUGGAUUAAUACAGGUAAAGGGGUGACCCUUACAUCCAAAAGUCCAUUAUAUGAAUAAUUGGUGACUUUAUAUUUAUACCAAGGAUAAUAAUAAUUAAGGACUUUAU